UUUGCGGAGUGGACCACACCUGAUUGCUGUGGGCCUCCCUGCUAAUGCAAAUUACCUGAAUCAGGCUGCUGGUGACUCACCCACUCCCCUUUAAAGCAACAUCAGGUUCAAGGCAGUGACUGCUCAGCGUAGAAGCCAUGGCUCGCAGACACUGCUUCUCCUACUGGUUACUGGUCUGCUGGUUGGUGGUAACUGUGGCAGAAGGACAAGAAGAGGUAUUUACUCCCCGUGGAGACUCAGAAAAUAAUGCAGACCAUACCGACUGCCAGGUCUUUACACUCACCCCUCCACCUGUCACGAGGAGUCCCGUAACAAGGGCCCAGCCCGUCACAAAGACCCCCAGGUGUCCCUUCCUUUUUUUUCCACGAAGAUUUCCACAAAGGCCCAGAGUCCAUUUUCGGUUUCCAAACAGACCUUUCCUCCCUUCAAGGUGUAACUACCGUUUUCCAUUCCAGCCAUUUUAUUGGCCACACCGUCGCCUUACUCCCGGUAGGUAUUUCCUCAGAAGAAGACUCCAAAGAGGAAGCUCAUCUGAGGAAAUCUGAGAGAGAAGAGAAACCCAAACAUACUGAAGGAAAAAAAAAGAAAAGAAAAAGCCAAUCCUUCAGAAAAAGCAACAAAAAGAUUUCUGUUUUAUCUUUCCAAACUAAAACUACCAGAUUUGAAGAUUAAGUCUCCUAAACACCACUGACUAGAAACUGUUCUCUUUGUCAGGAGUGAAGAUAUUGGACCACAGGUUACUGAUGUUUGCAAAAUUGAACAAUAUAUUUUUAUCCUCAACUUAUGGUCAAGAAUAUUUAUGCAAAUAAAACCUUAAAAUGGGUAGCUCCAGUAAUUCCUAUCCAUACUGAGAUGCUGAAAGAAUCCAUCUCCUCCUCUAAAUUAAACAGCAUUUAAAUAAAUUGAGAUCAUUAUAAAACUCACAAAGACACUAAUGACAUCAUUUUUAUAUUCAUUGGAAAAUGUACAGAGCAAGGUGCAUUUACAAAAUAAACUUUAAAAGAAAUGAUAAAGCUUAAAGCAAUUAAAAAGUUAUGGGGAGUCUGAUUGUAGAUAAUACUUUGAAAAUAUAAACUGACUUAUGUAACCUAAAUAAUUUUUUUUCCUUUGAAACAGAGUUUCUCUCUUGUUGCCCAGGCUGGAGUGCAGUGGCAUGAUCUCGGCUCACUGCAACCUCUGCCUCCCAGGUUCAAGCAAUUCUCCUGCCUCAGACUCCUGAGUAGCUGGGAUUAUAGGCGCCUGCUACCACACCUGACUAAUUGUUUGUAUUUUUAGUAGAGACAGGGUUUCACCAUGUUGGCCAGAAUAGUCUCAAACUCCUGACCUCAGGUGAUCCACCCGCCUCAGCCUCCCAAAGUGCUGGGAUUACAGUGUGAGCCACUGCCCCCAGCCCCAAAUAAUUACUUUUAAAGUAUAGUAUCUAAAUUUACUUUAAUGUUGACUUCUUAAACAACUGGUGUGAAUUAAUUUGAUAAGUUUCUCACUGUUUCCCCUGUUAUCAUUAGAUAGAUGCUGGCUAAAAUGAUAUACUUCUUCUCAAACUUUUAACAUGAUUCCAGGUUCAAAAAGCCUGGUUAAACAGCUUCAAGAAUAUUCUGGCAACUCUAGAACUCUACAGACAUAAGUUCACUCAACCUCGGAAACUUGUAUUCUCAGGAUGCAAUAUGAGAAACAAAUCCCACAGAUUGCAUUCAUUGGUUAUUUGUUUUGGCCCCUCUGUAAAUCACAGCUCCCUGUUUAUGCCACUCAUCUUGCCUGUAACAUACGAACUUUGAUUCCACACAUGUGGGCAGCAGCUUGCCUUGUUCCUCCCAAGAACUAUAUGCAAAAGUUUCUGUUGCUACUGCUGCUACAGAAACAGAAAGGAAAAAAAUUAGUACCAAGACAUGACAGAACUUUGGGAAUGGUUGCCCUGGAAAAGGAAAGAGAGAUAAAAUCAUCAUGUUAUGUUUCUUUGGUUUAUUAAAAUGAU